AUGUCUACCGAUUCUGAAGGAGCGGUCAUGACCGAAAAGAUAUCUACUGAUUGUGUAAGAGGGGAGAUAACAUUGAAAUGCGAUUUCAAAAUAAAAAUAGGAACUCCCAAUGAAAAUCGUGUACCACAAACCAACACAACCUUAGAAAACAAUUUCUUCCCAUCCUUAUUUACUGAAAUGGUUUUGGAAGCUGGUUCAAAUCCUAUAGAAACCAUUAAACACCCUGGGGAAUUUGACACAAUGUUGAAAACAGUUCUAUAUCCCAAAAAUUACGAUUCAGUUUCAGGCUGGAUACCCGAUGUUGAUGAUGGAAGUGUUUUAAAAGAACCGGUAAGAAAUAUUGCAAAUGAUGCGGAUUUAGCUAUUGCUAAAAACACAAUAGAAAAAGUAGCACGAGUAGCUUAUCAUGGAUUCGAAAAACGAGCACUUCAGUAUAACAAUAGCGUUGAUAAUAAUAGUUGGGGUAAUUACGUAAAUUGGAAGUUAUAUCCAUUAUUUGGUCUGUUGGAACACAGAAAAGUUUCCAUAGGGUUACCACAUAAAAUUCAUCUACAAAGAGAAAUUAAUGAUGAUAAGAUAUUCUUUGGAGAGAAUGCUUCAGAUGCAAAAUUAGAAAUAACGAAUCUCCAACUUUACAUACCCAUAAUAACACCAUCAAUUGAAGUAGAAACGAGAAUAUUCAACCCAUUAACUAAAGAUAUUGAAAUAGCUUUUCUUCGUCGUAACACGGUAGGUAGCAUGACUUUAACUGGAGAUAUUUAA